GAGGAAGGAAUAUGGUUUCGUCUGACGCUCCUCCCGUUUCAGCAGCGCUGCUGUAGCGGAUCUGUAGUGAGAGCAGGAGGCUGGGGCUCGGUCUGGCGCAAACCCCUCUUAUACCUGAGACAACCGCCUUCCCCUUUACCGAGCAGCCUGCAGGAGCACUACCAGCACACCGGGACACAUAAAUGGUGGAGGCCGUGGUGGAGUUUGACUAUGAGGCUCAGCAGGACGAUGAGUUGAGCCUGACGGUGGGCGACAUCAUCGUGAACAUACGCCGGGAUGAAGGAGGAUGGUGGGAGGGUGAGCUGGGUGGACGCAGGGGGCUGUUCCCAGAUAACUUUGUCAGGGAGAUAAAGAAGGAGGGGAAGAGGGAUGGAGGACAGGCAAGCACAGUCAGACCUGACCUUGCCAAUGGCAGUGCUAGCCCCGUGUUGGACACCAGCGUACGACCAGGCAGGAAAGGAGAGCAAAUCCGUAAACGGAGAUGUAAGGCUGCCUUCAGCUACGUGCCUCAGCAUGAAGAUGAGUUGGAGCUGAAAAUAGGAGAUGUGAUUGAGAUCAUAGCAGAGGUAGAGGAGGGCUGGUGGGAGGGAAUUCUUAAUGGGAAAACUGGCAUGUUUCCCUCCAAUUUCACCAAAGAGAUCUUCACGGAUUCAGACACACCCUCUGUGGACUCACAGGAGGAGACCCGCAGUGGACGCACAAAUAAGGACAGCCCAAGCAGUGAAAGUGAUGGUGGGGACAGUCGGUCAGAAACGGGGUCAGAAAUCCCUCCCAAGAAGGGUCAGCUCAGAGGGUUUGGCUUUGGUAAUAUCUUCAAAGACCAGCCCAUCAAGCUCAGGCCUCGUUCAAUGGAUGUGGACUCAGAGGGGGACAAGGCCAGCGAGGGGAAAGCGGUGAGUGCUGCACUUGAAAGCAUGAAGACUGAGCCUGACAGCAAAGCCAAAGGACGGGAGCAGUGUAAAGUCCUCUUUCCAUAUGAAGCACAAAAUGAAGACGAGCUGACGAUCAAAGAGGGGGACAUCAUAAACAUCAUCACCAAGGAUUGUGCCGAUGCAGGCUGGUGGAUGGGGGAGAUCGGGGGAAGGCAGGGUGUCUUCCCAGACAACUUUGUCAAGCUGCUAGAAGUUGAGAAAGAGAGACCAAAGAAACCACCUCCUCCAAGCGCACCAUCGGCAAAACACACCACAGAGAAAAAGUCAGAGGGCAGGAAGGCUCCUCCUGACCGGCCCGAACAUCUUCCCCAGAGAGACCAGGAUCGAGGUGAAGAAGGGAAACUCGGAGACGUCUCUAAACCCACCCUCCCGUGUCUCCUUCCCAAAAAACCCCUCCUUCCAAAGUCAAACGCCUCCUCUUCCUCCCAACCCCCGCGGCGCCCUGAGAGACCGCCCACACUAGCGUGUGAUAGCCCCAAAUCUGAGGGUGGGGCUUCGACACCAGAUUCUGCCCCUGACAGGUCACAUGACACCGAUGUGGAUCUGGACGCAAUUGUGUCUACUACAGAGAAGCUGACUCAUCCAACAGCAUCACGGCCGAGAGUCACAGACCGCCGGCCUCGCUCACAGAUCAUCACACCAUCUUCUCUGUCCAGCACUGAUCUGGAUUCGCCAACACUGGAGGACAGGAAGGACAAGGUGCGAGAGAAGGAUGAUCAUGAGACCAUCUCCACCAGAUCUGUAGAUGUUUCCCUGAGGAAAGGACUUCACACCAUCUCUGCUCCUAACAGUAAAGCCCCACUGCCCUGCAAGCCCGCUGUCCUGAACCCGCCAAACUCUAGCCAUCGCUCUGCCUCUCCGUCUUCCUCCUCGGGUCUGAGCCCCUCGCCCGAGCUCCGGCACUCGCCGCUAACACCCCCAACUCGGGAGGAACUCAGGAACCAGCUGAGAGACCUGAGGGCUUCCAUAGACCUGCUGAAGAGCCAGCACAAGCAGGAGAUGAAGCAGCUGGCCAGCGCACUAGAUGAGGAGAGGACAAUUCGUAUUAAUUUACAGAUGGAGGUAGAACACAUUAAGAAGAGCCUUUUGAAAUGAAGACUAAAGCAUCCUUAUUGUCACACUCUUAUCACUGCAUCAGAGGCCAUCCUUUGAUGAAAUUCUCACCGCUGGCCUGAGACACUUCAGCCAAAAGAAAGUUUGUGCCAAAUGAUCAUCACAAUCAGCAACAGUUCAGCACCACGGAGUCAGCCACCCCCCCCCACCCCCCCGACGCCGCCUUAUCCUGCGUUUACUUCUUUGUUUUCUUCUAAAGAGGCUUCUCUGUUCAGUUUACUGCUUUUUUUCUUUUUUUUUUUUUUUUUUUAAAUCGGAGCUUGCUGUACCACCGGUACUGACUGACUGACUGUGGUCUGUCCUUGAGUGUUGCCACGGUUACAGAACAAUGACACAGAGCCGGGGGCUGCCAUGGCAACCUCACUGGUACUUCAUUUUUCUGUGUGAAAGAAACUUUGACCUCUGUAGCCCGGUCGGUUCAGACGACCUCUGUGCUGUUCUGCGUCCACUCUGCGGCCUUCGCCUUUUAUCUGUGUGUGUGUGUGUGUGUGUGUAUGUGUGCAUGCAUGUAUGUGUGCAUGUUUUCCAUCCAUGUGAGGACUGUGGGUGUACAUACUGAAAGUUGACACUUCUGAAAAAGCAAAUUUGCCGCAUUUGCCCAGCAGUAACUUUCCUGGGAGCUAGGCAUCUGGUUUUCAGUGGGAGACUGAAAACAAGAUGAUUCAGGAAGAUUGAGAAGUGAUGUUAUUGGUUCCAGAUAACCCUUGACUGGAAACCGAUGACUUAUCCAAUCAUCUGCCAAGUUUUUUUUUUUUUUUUUUUU